UAUUUAUUAUAUAAUGGCAGCAAAGGAAGACAAGGCCCAAAAUCCUCAAUAUGUCGUCCUACACGCAAAUAAGCAGCCGCGAACCACCAUUUUUUAUGGUGCUGCCGAUGUUGAAGGUCAAGAAAAUAAUAACUUUCUGUUCCAUUGUCAAAGCAUCCGCCAUAGUUUCAUACGCAAGGUGUACUUGAUACUGAUGGCACAGCUGGUAGUCACAUUUGGAAUUGUUGCCCUCUUCGUAUUCAGCGUGGAGGCCAAGAUCUUUGCUGUACUGCAUCCGGGCCUCUUCUGGGUGGCUGUACUCAUCAUGCUGCUGACCAUGUUCGCCAUGGUCUGCUGCGAGAAUGUGCGCCGCGAGACGCCGAUCAACUUUAUAUGCCUGGGUUUGUUCACCGUGGCCGAAUCCUUCCUAAUGGGCAUCUCGGCCAGUCGCUUUGCACCCAUUGAGAUCCUCUUGGCCAUUGGGAUAACAGCUGCCAUUUGCCUGGCCUUGACGCUCUUUGCCCUGCAGACCAAGUUUGAUGUCACAAUGAUGGGCGGUAUACUAAUUGCCUGCUUGGUGGCACUCUUGGUCUUUGGCAUCGUGUCCAUCUUUAUGCCAGGACGAACUAUCAGGCUUAUUUACUCCUCCCUUGCCGCUGUGCUCUUUUCGGUCUAUCUGAUCUAUGACACACAGCUGAUGAUGGGUGGCGGUCACAAGUAUUCUAUAAGUCCCGAGGAAUACAUUUUCGCUGCACUCAAUCUCUACUUGGACAUUAUAAAUAUCUUUAUGGAAAUUCUCGGCAUUCUGAGCAUUACGCACGAAUAGAAAACCAAAUGCGUGGGAAAGGCGGCAGGCAGAGAGAGCAAUUAUCUAAAUGUUUGUUUUUCUGUGGCAUUUAAAUGUGCUCAAGCACACAACACAACACACACAGCCACAUAAAUCACACACGUGUCCAUUAAGUUAUUAGUUGCCAGCAAUAAAAAUGUCACAGCAAUAACAAA